AUGCUGGAAAACCUUUGCACCCUUCCGCUAACAUCGGAUGUCUUCGCUCAAGUCGCGCACCCAUCGCAACCGCUCCUGACAGUGGGUUUAGCGAAUGGACAUGUCGAGAGCUUUCGCCUACCCUCGAGUGAUGAUAGCGAGACACCCGAGUAUUACGACGAGAAUAGUAGCAUCAAUGGAGGGAAAGGUCUGAUCAAGAGCGUCUGGAAUACGCGCCGGCACAAGGGAAGCUGCCGGUAUCUUGCCUACAGCCAUGACGGAGAUGCUCUCUACUCCGCCGGCACCGACUCCGUCGUCAAGCACUUCUCUCCUGAGACCGGCUUGGUUCUGUCCAAAAUUGGCCUGCCCCCCCGUAGCCCGACCUCAAGCAUUACGGAUUGCCCAGCUAUUCUCCAUGUCUUAUCCCCCCAGACGCUGCUCCUUGGUACCGACUCGGGCGCUCUAUACGUUUUUGACUUCCGCGAGAAUGGCUAUCUGGAUCCCAAGCCAGUCCGCAAGAACUUCCCACACGUGGACUAUGUGUCCAGCAUCACACCCCUUACGCCUUCAACCGAGAGCACCUCUGGCUUUCCCAAGCAAUGGGUCUCGACGGGCGGCACUACGCUUUCUGUCACCGAUCUCAGGCAUGGCAUAAUUGCUACCUCUGAGGAUCAGGAGGACGAACUGCUUUGCUCUACUAUAAUACCGUCUGGUCUCGGGCCCAAGCAUAUGCGAAGCAAUGCAGUCGUUGCCGUCGGUACUGGUGGCGGCGUACUGACGCUGUGGGACCGCGGCGCAUGGGAUGACCAGCAAGAGCGCAUUAAUGUCGCCGUUGGACGGAAUAAGAGGGAUGCCGAGAGCCUUGACGCCAUCGUGUUUGCCCCGGAAGAGCUAGGAUGGGGCAAGAAGGCUAUCAUUGGUGUCGGAGACGGCAGCAUAAGCAUUGUGGACCUGAGGAGACGGGAAGUGCAAACCGUUCUGAAGCACGAUGACGUUGAAGGUGCAGCGGCUCUGACCUUCGACUACCAGAACAGGCUGAUAAGCGGCGGUGGCAAGGUGGUGAAGGUCUGGGGUGAAUCGGGCGUUUCGGGUUUCGGUGAUGAUGAGGAGGGUAAGGAGGACGAAGAGUAUGGUAUCAAGAGGUCCGCCGACAGCGACGAGGAACCCGACAAAGAUGAUAGCGACAGCGAUGACGACCGCCCUUCAAGAACCAAACAAUCCAAAAAGAAACGACGCAAAGGCAAGGGAAGCCAGCCUAAGGUGGCGUCCUUUCCUGGGCUGGAUUGA